AUUAGUUUAUCCUCUUUGAUUCCCGGGGUUUUGCUCCUAGCCUGCUCGCGUUCGGAGCUCUUUGCGCCCAAUGCACCACAACGCAGCCGCCGUGCUCGGUAAAUCAGCCACCACAACAACAUCGCCCGUUGAGGGCUACGGACCCUCGUUUCCACGUCACGUACCCGCACAACUGUGCAGGGAAGCAGGUAUCGCGUCGUCUGUGGCCGGGCUGCGAAGAAGUCCCUGUGCACCCUCAUGCUCUCACAGAAUGUGAUUCAGAAGAACUCCCGAGUCAUCUGGAUCACCACCUACGCGGGUACACAGCGUGCGGGAAUCACCAUGUCCUCACCGUCCCCAACUUACUCAAUUUUGAAAAAUCAACCACCACUCUCCCACGCCGUCAAGACUCAAAACCCCACAGUACUACAACAAACAAACAAACAAACAAACAGCGAGCGAGCGAGCGAGCGAGCGAAAACAAGAAAUGGAAAAGAAUCAAGCGUCUUGCUCCAAUCUGUUGUAAAUGCCCUAAUCUCUCACCUUUCAUCCUCACAACUAACCAAGCUUGCAACCCUCACCUUCAUGGACUGUUUCUCCAUAUUCAUUCCUGCAUUACACUUUAGUUUACUAACUACUUCAUGGACUGUUUCUCCAUGUUCAUUCCUACAUUACACUUUAGUUUACUGACUACUUCAACUACUUCAACUACUUCAAGUUUGUUUUGUUUCUUUCAGUCCAAGGUUGGAUAUUAUGUUUGUACUUCCUUACACGUUCCUUGCAAUGCAUCAAAAACCAUAGCCACAACUCUUUCAUA